UUGCUGGAACAAAUCAAAAGCCCUCCAAAUUGCCCUUCCGUACAUUGUUAACUAAGGGCUGCACCGAAAAUUUUCAGUUUCUUUGUUCUACCUUCAAUUUAUGAGUCAUUCGAAGACAGAAACGAAGACCACAAGUCCAGCUGGCGUUCACACGAAAAGAAAACGGCAAUUUACCACUUAUUCAGCUCGUAAACGCGCACAAGAGGUCAAGAACGCAUGACACAUUGUCUCUGCUGCAAUAGUGUUUCAACAUGGCACACAGGUUUCUAGUUUUCGCCAUCAGUUUGAUGGGAUUCCACUCGUCUCUCUCACUGAGUGAAACAGAAGUAAACUUCUAUCCAGUCUCUCCAAAGUUAAUCGACUUGGCUUGUAGAAAGUGCCCGGCAGGAUUUUCUACAUUGUGCAGCCAAACUGAAGAAUCUCGUUGCGUGAAAUGCGCUGAAGGAACAUACUCUGAGCACGCUUCUCGUCGCGUAACAUGCAAACGUUGCUCCAGCUGUGGUUUCAAAGAAUUCGAGGUUCUUCCUUGCACUCCGACGUCGAAUGUUGUGUGUAAAGAAUGCAGCGCAUGUCCUCCUGGGUUUGGAGUACUGAGGCCUUGCGAAAAGACAAGAGAUACUGUCUGUAAGGAAUGCCCUUUUGAUAAAGACGGCAUACGGAUCUACAAAGACAAAGAUUGCGGAAGAGGAGGAGGUGAAGAUUUCCUUGUCCGCAAUAAGAGCAGAGAACACGAGAAACCUGAAGACCGUUUGACAGUUGUAAGAGUUGAGAACCCUUUCGCAGAUGGCAGAAGAAAUCCCAAGUUUCAACACAGAUUGAUACUUGGAGUUCAUUCAACCAGUCCAAAGCCUCCAAGCUUAUUCUCGUCGAGGAUACCAACUGUUAAUAGCUCGCCGUCGUCUCAGCAGACAGAGAAAACAAUUUACGAUUACGAUUUGACCCUGCAACACCCAACAGAUCAUCGAAUGCAAGGAGAUGACGAAAACACUCCCCACCGUCCUUCGAGGAAGACUGGUCAGAACAGUACAGAUACGGUGACUCCGCGUUGGAAAUCUUCCCUUUCUUCAUCUCAGCCUCUCAACACUAAAUUAAACACUUUUGGAAUAGAGGAAGAGCGCACCACAAAGGUUCCUCAACCUGAGCAUACUAUUAGAACAAAAGGUGCGUUUAAGUCGGGGAUGGUGAACAUGAUGAGCUUCGACGUGGACAAAGAAGUUAUGCUUCCCGAGCCAAAUUCUGGACGUGACCAGGAUAUUUUCCCACAAACCAAACCCUGGCUAUGGAUAGCGAUUACAGUAGUUAUCGUUGCUGUGUUCGUAGUUGCCUUGGCACUCGAUCGGCUGAAAAACUUCAAGAAAACAAAAGGAUGCUUCUUUGUCUGCCCGCUGACAGACUGCAGACGCCCGCGCUGUAUGGCACCAUCCGACUGCUGUGACAGCACAUCAGUAUCAAGUGUUGCAGGUUCAUGGGCAGAACAGGGUGGAAAUGUCGUAGGAGUGCCUGUCGAUGUACAUGAGCCUGAGUCGAGCCAGCCUACGCUACACACCUUCCUGCCCUCUGAAAACACUGUUGUGGCUGCUGAUGUCCAUCACACCACAGUAUUUGACGUGUUUAACAUAACGUCGCCGCUAAGAUAUAUCACUAAAGCAGAAGCCACGUUCGACAACACCGGUGGGAAGUUGUCUGCGCCUGAUUCCGAUGUGACAAUCACAGUUGAUAGUGGAGCGGUCCCCGACGGAGUUCACCAGAAUUUUUUCUUUCGAGUGGUCUAUGACGAAACCUCUCUGUUGCGAGACAUCCCGGAGACGCCAGAUAGGACGCUAAUUUCCCCCGUGAUCGAGUGUGGACCACACGACAUCAACCUACUUAAGCCGGUUGAAAUCACUGUUCCACAUUGUUUAUACUUUGACGAGAUCAAGAAAGACUCGAUAGCUGUUUACAGAUGUGAGCGAUAUUCUGAUCAAGGAACAAUCCAAUGGGAAAAGGUUCCAUCAAUAUCAGAGAAAAAUCACCACUCCAAGGCAUGGUUCGCGGUGAAAAAAGAUUCCAUCCACAUUAAGACCAAAACUUUUUCUUUUUGGAGCAUAUUCUCAUGUGGUGGAUCGAAGAAGAAAAGGGCGACAGUUUUCUUCAGCAGACCAGGCAGACAUAGCGAUCUGAUCUACCUCAGGUUCUACAUCUACAGUGAUAACGAGGAUUCAAAGAAACGAGUUGAAAUACGAGAAAAAGAACGUUUUCCAGGCUCCAAGCCAGCCAAGGAGAAACUUUUUACGAUAUACGAUGGAGGUAACGAUAUCGCCGUAAAACUCACGGAAAUUCAAGAAGGAUGGGAGCUCGACAAGACAGAUGCCACACAGACAUACCCCUUUGACAUUGCGUAUCGCAAUGGAUUUCGCUCCAACGACUCGUGCGAUUUUGCUGUAAAUCCUAUAAGGGAAAAUGUUCAGCCAUUUUCAUGUAAUCUAAGAUUUCAGCAGGAGGAAACCUCCAGGGAACACACGAUCUAUCUAAACCCAGGCUAUGACCUACGUAAGGCUACUCGUCCUUCUUCCGAGGAAAUCUCACCUUCUAGCAGCACAAGCACUAUCAGUGAAUUUCAUCCUUCAAAUGAAGCAGAGGAAAACAAAGGCGGCAAUAAGAUAACAUAUGCAGGACGAAGUUAUGUCCCGUUGGGCAAGGGUGACGAGCCUGUUACCGAAAAUCAUUUGCGCUGCAUACAUCUCAAGAUUGUCAAAUGGAAGGACGUUCUUCGAUACCUGGGCUUGGAGGAUGUAAAAAUAGAAAUUUUAGACGAAGAACAUAAGGCAAUUUCAGAAAAAUGUUAUCAAGGGCUCCUAACAUGGAUGAGAGGGGACAAAAAUGCUUCGACGAGAGAUCUGUGUGACGCCUUACGACGCGCAGAUUGUUUAGAAGCGUUAAAGGAGUUGUCUAAAGAGCGCUUACCAAAAGAGGAACCGCUGGCCAAAUCAACGGAAGAAAACAAUGAAAACAACUGGACAAUUGUGUGAUAGGACUAUCCCGCCGCAAGACUCUGAAGAUGGGAUCUAGCCGGUCAGUUGAAGGCAACAUGAUAGACCAUGUGAGUUCUUCGUUCGCUUCUCGGCUCAAGCUUCGUCAGUUGCAGUCAGUAGUACCAAAUAAAAGGAUGAAAAACUCCAGUCUUUGCCCUCUAUUCUGGAUGGACUCAACUUGGAGAUCAUAGUGCAAAGAACACCACCCAAAGUUGGAAAGCGUUAGAAAACAUAAAAACCUUUGAAUUCAAAAUUAAAGCAGCAAACGCUUAGUUCAGCA